CACUCACGACUGUGGGCUGGCUGGACGAAGCUUAAUGCGCAACGGGCCACGAUUAACGAACGCGACGCGGCGCGACAUGUGCGUACGCGCGUGGUAUCGCACGCGAGGACGACACGGAAUUGUCCGAAGGCCGCCUCGCACGAAACAGCUGGUCCGUAAGGAGGAAGCGUGACGAGAGGAGGACGUUCAGUGAGAUUUAAUCGUGCGCGCAACAUGGAGAACGCGCCGAAACGUCAUAUCGCCGCGUCGUAAAAAAAAGAGACCGCGAGAGUAGUCGUUGUGUCGUCGUCUCGUAUCGUCGUCAUUGCCAUAGUCGCCGUUGCCAUCGCCGCUGCCGUUUAAAUGACACGGCACGAUGACACGGUCGAAGAUCCAGAAGCUGAAGUUCUUCAUAUUCCUGCUGAUCUUCCUGCUGGCGCAGACCGCAGUUUGCGAUGGGAGUUUCCGGGAAAAGCGGGACGCGCCGCCGCCGCCGCCGCCGCCGCCGCUGCCGGAUGGGGACGGGAAGGCGGUGGUUCCCGUCAACGAGGAUGCCGGAGCCAACGAAAAGCCUAUCGGCGAUAAGGAUGGCCAGAGGAACGCAGCCGCACCGUCCGCGGACGCGAAGAAGCCAGCGGUUGACGGCAACAGGACGCACGAGAGCAUAACCUCGAAGCCACUAUUGCCGGAUAUGGUCGCGAAUAAAACUGCACACACCCCGGGCACGUCCAACGAGUCCAGCGAGAGCCAUACAUCCUUCAACACUGGUGCUCUUGUACGUGGUUUCUUAGUCUUCGUGGGACUAAGCAUCCUUGUCAUGGCCUACAUCGUGUUCCGUAGUUUUAGGUUAAGUAAAACACGCGCCCAAUUGGUUCGAAAGUAUGGUGUCCUCACGCACAGGCAAGACGUCGAGAUGCGACCGUUGCCACUGGAAGAGGAAGACGACGAAGACACGACUGUUUUCGAUGCGAGUAACGUUGUGACGGUCAAUGCUCAGCAUCAGAAUGCAUAGACAUAUAUCUCAUAGUGAAAUACAUCGCGUUGCUAUUAUAUAUAUGUAUGUCAUCCGUGUAAUGUUCUCGACAUGUGAUUUUCAUAACAUCCAACUUCAUCGCGAUCUCUUGAGGUAGGUACGUAAGAGAACUAUAUCAGCGAGACCGAUUACGGCAUUUCUCAGCGUUUUAAAAGUUAUUUGCUUUGUGCAGCAAGAAUUUAACAUCAAAUAUGCAUCUGUGAUGCACUUAUCAUUAACGUACUGUGCUUGUCAGCGAUAGAUGUACUUUUCCUAAAAAGAAAGCAAAAGAAAAAAAUACAAGAUAUUUCUACCAACACUCUCCACCCUGUUAAUAUUACUAUGUGAUAACACAAAAGUUUAGAUAUAUCAUCCGCGAGCUAAUAAAGAGUUAAUGGGUGGCUAUAUCUCUCUACUCUUAUACAGAUAUUAUAUUUUAAUUAAUCUACGUUGUUAUAAUUAAAAUUAUAUAAAAA